CAGGAAAACUUUCAGUGAACAAGGUCAUUUGAGAACACAGACUAUUCAAUGCAAAAAUACCUUGGUGAAUUUCACUGAUCAACACUGCUUAAGACAAAAAAUGUCUUCAGGAAAAGAAAAAGUACUCAUGUCAUAACAUCAAGAUUUUUGCAGCUUUCUUCCUUCCAGUCAGGCACAAGUGUGAAAAGGAAAUGCUGUAAAAAUGAGUGAACAAUUCAGAACAAAAAGGUCCCGGAGCCUCUCAGACAGUCUAAUUCUUGAAGAUUCUGAGGAUGGAGGUGUUGUUGUUAAGGAUAUCAGUGAUGCUGGAGUUGCAGAUUCCUCUGGAAUUAAGGAAGGGGAUGAACUAGUUGGUGCCACCAUCUAUUUUGACACGCUUAAGAAGGACGAUGUCCUAAAGCUCAUGAAGCUUACUGACCAAUACAAUGCGCAAAUGAAGGUGAUUACCAAACGGCCCAAAGUCACUCCAGAUGUUGCUUGGGAAAGCCCUAAUAUCAGCAUUAGAAGACCAGAAGCAAUGCUAAGGAAUUCAACAUAUGACAAAUUAUUUAAUAACAAAAUUAAGAAACAUCUAAAGCUGUCAUCUUCUUGUGAAAACAUUUUUUCGGAACCAUCAUCUGGACUGAAAGAUAACUUCAAUGCUGAUUUUAAUGAACCUAAAAUGAAUCUAAAGGGCCCCAAAGUCAAUGUCAACUUACCAGAAGGAAGCCUGGAGGGUCCAACGUCUUUUGAUAUUCAUAAUGCUGGAAAUGUAAAACUGAAAGGACCUGACUCCUCUUUCGAUGGAAGUUUAAAAACGCCAGAUAUACAUUUUGGUGGUCCAAAUAUCAAGGGAGGAAUCAAUGCUCCAGAUAUUGAUUUGAAGAUGCCCAAAGCUGACAUCAAAGGACCACAAAUUUCCAUGCCUUCUUUUGGAGGAGGAAAGGUUAAAGGUCCAGAACUAAAUAUGGAUGGGAAACUAAACUCACCUGAUGUAGACAUAUCUGGUCCAGAUUUAAAGGGAGGAAUUCAUACUCCAGUCAUUGAUAUGAACAUGCCCAAGGCAGACAUCAAAGGGCCAAAGUUUAGUAUGCCUUCUUUUGGUGGAGGAAAGAUUAAAGGUCCUGAACUAAAUUUGGAUGGGAAAGUAAGCACACCUGAUGUAGACAUAUCAACUCCAGAUAUCAAGGGGGGAAUUCAUGCUCCAGAUAUUGAUUUGAAGAUGCCCAAAGCAGACAUCAAAGGUCCAAAAUUGAAUCUACCUUCUUUUGGAGGAGGAAAAGUUAAAGGACCUGAAUUAGAUGUUGAUGGAAAAAUGAACACACCUGAUGUACACAUAUCAGCUCCAGAUAUCAAGGGGGGAGUUCAUGCUCCAGAUAUGGAUGUGAAGAUGCCCAAGGCAGACAUCAAAGGACCAAAAUUUAGUUUGCCAUCAUUUGGAGGAGGAAAGGUUAAAGGGCCUGAAUUAAAUAUAGAUGGGAAAGUAAACACACCUGAUGUAAACAUAUCAACUCCAGAUAUCAAGGGAGGAAUUCAUGCUCCAGAUAUGGAUGUGAACAUGCCCAAGGCAGACAUUAAAGGGCCAAAAUUUAAUCUACCUUCUUUUGGAGGAGGAAAAGUUAAAGGACCUGAAUUAGAUGUUGAUGGAAAAAUGAACACACCUGAUGUACACAUAUCAGCUCCAGAUAUCAAGGGGGGAGUUCAUGCUCCAGAUAUGGAUGUGAAGAUGCCCAAGGCAGACAUCAAAGGACCAAAAUUUAGUUUGCCAUCAUUUGGAGGAGGAAAGGUUAAAGGGCCUGAAUUAAAUAUAGAUGGGAAAGUAAACACACCUGAUGUAAACAUAUCAACUCCAGAUAUCAAGGGGGGAAGUCAUGCUCCAGAUAUUGAUUUGAAGAUGCCCAAAGCAGACAUCAAAGGGCCAAAAUUUAGUCUGCCUUCUUUUGGAGGAGGAAAAGUUAAAGGACCUGAAUUAGAUGUUGAUGGAAAAAUGAACACACCUGAUGUAAACAUAUCAGCUCCAGAUAUCAAGGGAGGAUUCCAUGCUCCAGAUAUUGAUGUGAACAUGCCCAAGGCAGACAUUAAAGGUCCAAAAUUUAAUCUACCUUCUUUUGGAGGAGGAAAAGUUAAAGGCCCUGAAUUAAAUAUAGAUGGCAAAGUAAACACACCUGAUGUAAACAUAUCUACUCCAGAUAUCAAGGGGGGAAUUCAUGCUCCAGAUAUGGACGUGAAGAUGCCCAAAGCAGACAUCAAAGGGCCAAAAUUCAGUCUACCUUCUUUUGGAGGAGGAAAAGUUAAAGGACCUGAAUUAAAUGUCGAUGGAAAAAUAAACACACCCGAUGUAGACAUAUCAGCUCCAGAUAUCAAGGGGGGAAUUCAUGCUCCAGAUAUUGAUGUGAAGAUGCCCAAGGCAGACAUCAAAGGACCAAAAUUCAGUCUGCCUUCUUUUGGAGAAGGAAAGGUUAAAGGCCCUGAAUUAAACAUAGAUGGGAAAGUAAACACACCUGAUGUAGACAUAUCAACUCCAGAUAUCAAGGGUGGAUUUCAUGCUGCAGAUAUGGAUGUGAAGAUGCCUAAGGCAGACAUUAAAGGGCCAAAAUUUAGUCUGCCUUCUUUUGGAGGAGGAAAGGUUAAAGGUCCUGAGCUAAAUGUAGAUGGGAAAGUAAACACACCAGAUGUAAACAUAUCAACUCCAGAUAUCAAGGGGGGAAUUCAUGCUCCAGAUAUUGAUAUGAAGAUGCCCAAGGCAGAUAUCAAAGGUCCAAAGUUUUCUCUGCCUUCCUUUGGAGGAGGAAAGGUUAAAGGUCCUAAUUUAAAUGUGGAUGGGAAAAUAAACACACCUGAUGUAGACAUAUCUGGUCCAGAUGUAAAAGGAGGAAUCCAUGCUCCAGACAUUAAUGUGAAGUCACCCAAGGCUGACAUCAAAGGGCCAAAGUUUUCUCUGCCUUCCUGGGGAGGAACAAAAGUUAAAAGCCCAGAGGUACAUAUAGAUGGAAAGGUAAAGACACCUGAUGUAAAUGUGUCCUCUCCCAACAUUGAAGGAGACAUAAAAACUCCAGACAUAGAUAUGAAUUUACCUAAAGCUGAUAUAAAACCUCCUAAAACUUCAAAAUUUUCUCUUCCAUCAUGGGGUAUGUCCUUGCCAAGAGGGAAGAGUCCUGACUUAGAUGCUAACAUAAAGGCACCAAAUGUUAAUGUCUCCACUCCAAAAACCAAAGGUGAUCUUAAUGCACCUUCAGUCAACGUAAGUUCCCCCAAAGGUACUAUUAAAGGUCCGAAAUUUAAAUUUCCCUCUUGGGGAAAAGCAAAAUCACCAGAUUUACACUUAGAAACACCUGAUGCAAAUAUCUCUACUCCAAAUAUCAAAACACCUGAAGUUAACAUAGGUGCACCAAAAGUAAAAGGCCCUGAUGUUGAUAUUUCUGGUCCCAAAAUUGAAGGUGGAAUCAAAGUACCAAAAUUUGGAUUUAAAUUACCAGAACUAGAUAUGAAAGCACCAAAUAAGGACAUUAGCAUAAAAGGCAUUCAAGGAGAUAUCAAAGAACCAAAUGUAGACCUUACUGGUCCAGAAAUUAAUAAAAGUUUGGAAAUACCAAAACUGAACUUGCCAAAGUUUGGAAUUUCAGAACCAAUAUUACAUGGCCCUGAGGUGAACAUUGAUGCAAAACUUCCACGUGGAAAAAUUGAUCUUCCAGAUUCACAACUGAAAAGUAAUCUUAAUGCUGCAGACAUAGAAAUGAAACCUCCAAAAGGAUCACUUGAUAUGAAGACUCCUGACAUUGAGCUUGACGUACCAGACCCAAAGAUGAAGUCUAGCAAAUUCAAAAUUCCUACUUUUAAUCUACCUGGCAUAAAAACUAACAGCCCUGAGUUAAAGCUGGGUGACACACAUUUGCCAGAUUCUGACAUAAACCUCAAAGGACCUAAUGUUGACAUUAGAAAAAUGCAGGCUCCUAAUGUAAAUAUCUCUGGUCCCAAGAUCAAUAAACCUGAUGUAGAUAUCAAAUUGCCAAAUGCUGAACUCAAAGGUCCAAAUCUGGAUCUGAAAGGCCCAAAUGUUGAAGUUGGAGAACCAAGUGGAAAAUUUAAAAUGCCUCAGAUGAAGAUGCCCGAUUUUGGAAUAUCCGGUCCAAAACUGAAAGGUCCUGAUAUUGAUGGCAAUGUAAAAGUUCCUGAUGUAAAUAUCUCUGGUCCUAACAUCAAUAAACCUGAUGUGGAUAUCAGUUUACCAAAAGCUGAUAUUAAAGGCCCAAAUCUGGAUCUGAAAGCACCAAAUGUUGAAGUAGGGGAAGCUGGAGGAAAAUUUAAAAUACCAUCACUGAAGAUGCCAGAUUUUGGAAUAUCGGGUCCAAAGGUCAAAGAUCCUGAUGUGAACAUUGAUGCUAAGAUGCAGAUUCCAGAUGUAAGUAUCUCAGGUCCCAAAAUCAGUAAACCUGAUGUAGAUAUCAACUUACCAAAAGCUGAAAUCAAAGCUCCAAAUCUGGAUCUGAAAGGACCAAAUGUUGAGGUAGGGGAACCUAGUGGAAAACUUAAAAUGCCAUCGCUGAAAAUGCCAGAUUUUGGAAUAUCAGGUCCAAAAGUAAAAGGUCCAGAUAUUGAUGGCAAUGUAAAAGUUCCUGAUGUAAAAAUCUCUGGUCCUAACAUCGAUAAACCUGAUGUAGAUAUCAAUUUACCAAAAGCUGAUAUCAAAGGUCCAAAUCUGGAUCUGAAAGGACCAAAUGUUGAAGUAGGUGAACCUACUGGAAAAUUUAAAAUGCCAUCACUGAAGAUGCCGGAUUUUGGACUAUCUCGUCCAAAAAUCAAAGGUCCUGAUGUGAACAUUGAUGCUAAAAUGCAGGCACCAGAUGCAAGUAUCUCAGGUCCCAAAAUCAGUAAACCUGAUGUAGAUAUCAGCUUACCAAAAACAGAAAUCAAAGCUCCAAAUCUGGAUUUGAAAGGACCAAAUGUUGAAGUAGGGGAACCUAGUGGAAAAUUGAAAAUGCCAUCGCUGAAUAUGCCAGAUUUUGGAAUAUCAGGUCCAAAAGUGAAAGGUCCAGAUAUUGAAGGCAAAGUAAAAGUUCCUGAUGUUAAUAUCUCUGGUCCUAAAAUCCAUAAACCUGAUGUAGAUAUCAAUUUACCAAAAGCUGAAUUCAAAGGUCCAAAUCUGGAUCUGAAAGGACCAAAUGUUGAAGUUGGAGAACCAAGUGGAAAACUUAAAAUGCCUCACAUGAAGAUGCCUGAUUUUGGAAUAUCUGGUCCAAAACUGAAAGGUCCUGAUAUUGAUGGCAAUGUAAAAGUUCCUGAUGUAAAUAUUUCUGGUCCUAACAUCAGUAAACCUGAUGUAGAUAUCAGUUUACCAAACACAGAUAUUAAAGGCCCAAAUCUGGAUCUGAAAGCACCAAAUGUUGAAGUAGGGGAAGCUGGAGGAAAACUUAAAAUGCCAUCACUGAAGAUGCCAGAUUUUGGAAUAUCUGGUCCAAAGGUCAAAGGUCCUGAUGUGAAUAUUGAUGCUAAAAUGCAGACUCCAGAUGUAAGUAUCUCAGGUCCCAAAAUCAGUAAACCUGAUGUAGAUAUUGGCUUACCAAAAGCUGAAAUCAAACCUCCAAAUCUGGAUCUGAAAGGACCAAAUGUUGACAUAGGGGAACCUAGUGGAAAAUUUAAAAUGCCAUCGCUGAAAAUGCCAGAUUUUGGAAUAUCAGGUCCAAAAGUAAAAGGUCCAGAUAUUGAUGGCAAUGUAAAAGUUCCUGAUGUAAAAAUCUCUGGUCCUAACAUCAAUAAACCUGAUGUAGAUAUCAAUUUACCAAAAGCUGAUAUCAAAGGUCCAAAUAUGGAUCUGAAAGGACCAAAUGUUGAAGUAGGUGAACCUACUGGAAAAUUUAAAAUGCCAUCACUGAAGAUGCCGGAUUUUGGACUAUCUCGUCCAAAAAUCAAAGGUCCUGAUGUGAACAUUGAUGCUAAAAUGCAGGCACCAGAUGCAAGUAUCUCAGGUCCCAAAAUCAGUAAACCUGAUGUAGAUAUCAGCUUGCCAAAAACAGAAAUCAAAGCUCCAAAUCUGGAUUUGAAAGGACCAAAUGUUGAAGUAGGGGAACCUAGUGGAAAAUUGAAAAUGCCAUCGCUGAAUAUGCCAGAUUUUGGAAUAUCAGGUCCAAAAGUGAAAGGUCCAGAUAUUGAAGGCAAUGUAAAAGUUCCCGAUGUUAAUAUCUCUGGUCCUAAAAUCCAUAAACCUGAUGUAGAUAUCAAUUUACCAAAAGCUGAUAUUAAAGGUCCAAAUCUGGACCUGAAAGGACCAAAUGUUGAAGUAGGCGAACCUGGAGGAAAACUUAAAAUGCCAUCACUGAAAAUGCCAGAUUUUGGACUAUCAGGAACAAAGGUCAAAGGACCAAGUUUUGACAGUGAUGCAAAUCUGAAAACUCCCGAAACAAGUUUAAAUGUAAAAGGAUCACAACCUAAGGGAGAAGUGGAUGUUUCAGUUCCAAAUAUGCAUGGAAAAAUAAAAGGAUUUUCUGCAGAUAUAAAGGGUCCUGAUGUUGAUAUCAGUCAGCCAGAUGUAAAAGGUGCAGAUGGAAAGUUUAAAUUUCCUAAAUUGACAUUUCCAUCUUUUGGUGUCUCCAAAUCCCCAAGUCUAAAGGCAUCAGGUCCACAAGUAAAAGGAAAUGCUCCUAAUGUUGAUCUGAAUACUCCCGAUGUCAGCAGUCCAGAAAUUGAGCUUGAUGUUCCUGAUGCAAAACUAAAGGAACCAAAGAUUAAAUUCCCAACUUUAGACGGCUUCAGAAAACCUACAGUAGAUUCUAAUAUAAAUGUAAAAGCUCCAAGUGUUAAAGGUGAAUUUGAAGCUUUGCAGCCAACCAUUCAUGGAGAGCUUAAGCAGCCAAAAGCUGAUUUAUCUAGAGGCAACACUGAAGCUCCAAAAAUUACCAUGCCAUCAGUUUCAAUACCAGAAAUAGAUGUUGGUACAUCAAAACAUAAAGGUGCAAUUGCCAUAUCUGCACCAAAGGCACAAGGUGACCUAAAAGCACCCAUUGCAGAUGUUCAGGACCCAAAAUUAAAUAUGCCAGGCAUACAUAUAAACACCCCCAAACUAGAAAGUAGUAUUGAAGCUCCAAAAGUUAAUAUUAACAUGCCCAGUGUGAAAAUAAAUGGAUCAAAAGCUGCUGAUUCCAGUUAUGAUGCACCUUCUUUGGAGGACACAGAGAAAAAUCUAAAUAAGUCCUCUCCAAAAAUUGAUAUUGAAGCUAAACUCCAAAAGUUAAAAAAUGAUUUCUACUCAAAAGGAAAGGUUACACCUCCAAAGGCUAAUGUGGAUGUAGAUCUUCCAGAAAUUAAAGGACCGUCACAGUUUUCAGGUCCAAGCAUAGAAGGUGCAAUUAAGGAUGCAAGCACUCCAGGCAUCCAUCUUAAUGCUAGCCAAGACAGUGCAACCAAACCCACAAGAGGCACAUUUAAAGUAAAUAAACCUGCUGCAGAAGCUGACAAGAAAAAUGAUGGAGGUGACAAACCAAAAUCAGCCUUUAACUUUUCUGAUAUUUUCAACAUAGGUGGUAAGAAAGGGUCAGCAGAUAUUACAACAGAUAAGCCAGAAACCCCAUCAACUCCACCACAGUCUUUCAAGUUCAGAUUACCCGAAGUUGAGUUUGGAAAAUAACUUCUCUAAUCACUGUAUGGUUUUCUUUAUCUGGCUUAUGAAGGUUAAGCAACUAUGAUAUAAACACCAGAAGCCUUUUGUAUAAAAAUAAAGAUUAUGUAUUUAUUUUGAUUUUUUAGGUUAAUAUUCUAUUUUAUUUUAAAAUCAAUAUUGUAGUAUGUGAUUUUUUCAUGAAUCUGAAAAGUCAAGGUUCUGGUGUUAAAUUUUGUUUGUUGUGGAACCAUGAACAUAAACAAUUUAGUUAUUUUGGACUAUACUGUACUCUGCAAUUAAGAUAUUCUAACAUGUGUUUAAGUUUAUUAUUUUAUUAAAAUGUAGAUUAUUAAUAUAAAAUUUAUUUGGAACCUGUCAUGCUAAUAUGUACAUAGCAAAGGAUAGUGUGGGAUACUGAGCAAUAAGAAGAAAAUUCUCUCUUCAAUUUUAAGGCAAAUACAUUGUAUAUAUUCUUCUGUGAAAUAUUUAACAGAAUAAAGGGUGUGCUGUUCUGA